AUGUCAAUAGUUUACAAUAAAACACCGUUGUUACGCCAAUUCUUUCCUGGUAAAUCACCUGCACAAUUUUUCUUGAAAUAUGAAUGCCUACAACCAAGUGGCUCUUUUAAGAGUAGAGGAAUUGGUAAUCUUAUCAUGAAAAGUGCAAUCCGAAUUCAAAAAGAUGGAAAAAAAUCUCCUCAGAUUUUUGCUAGUUCUGGUGGCAACGCUGGAUUUGCUGCUGCGACUGCGUGUCAGAGGUUGUCGUUACCAUGCACAGUAGUGGUUCCUACAGCAACAAAAAAAAGGAUGGUAGAGAAGAUUAGGAACACCGGAGCCCAAGUUAUCGUGAGUGGCGCCUAUUGGAAAGAAGCAGAUACUUUUCUAAAAGCAGAUGUCAUGCAAAAAAUAGACACUCAAGUCGUUGAGCCCAUAUAUGUCCAUCCCUUCGAUAAUCCCGAUAUUUGGGAAGGACAUUCUUCUAUGGUAGACGAAAUGGUCCAAGAUUUGGAAUUUCAACGUAUCUCGAUGAACAAAGUUAAAGGUAUAGUAUGUAGCGUCGGUGGCGGUGGUUUGUAUAAUGGUAUUGUGCAAGGGUUGGAAAGAUAUGGUCUAGCCGAUAAGAUCCCUAUUGUGGGCGUGGAGACAAAUGGAUGUCAUGUCUUUAAUACAUCUUUAAGAAUAGGCCAACCAGUUCAGUUCAAGAAGAUUACAAGUAUUGCUACUUCUUUAGGAACCGCUGUCAUCUCAAAUCAAACUUUCGAUUACGCUCGUAAGUACAACACUAGAUCUGUUGUCAUAGAGGACAAAGACGUCAUUGAUACUUGUCUCAAAUAUACACACCAGUUCAAUAUGGUGGUUGAACCCGCAUGUGGUGCUGCAUUGCAUUUGGGCUAUAAUACAGAAAUAUUAGAAAGAGCGCUGGGUUCAAAAUUAGCCGCGGAUGACAUCGUGAUAAUUAUUGCUUGUGGCGGAUCCUCUAACACCAUACAGGAUUUAGAAGAGGCAUUGGAUCAUUUUAAUAAAAGGAGUGCUCCGGCAAUUGAAGUUACUGAUAACUUCAUAUUUCCCGAAAAGACCACCGCUACGUUGAAGAGUGCUUGA